CCAAGUCAGCAAGACCCUCUCCGCUUCAUCCAAUUGCUUCGAUUCUCCCCUGGACUUCUCCAGAUCCCAUUCGGCCCCUCUAUCCUUCACAAUGGUCCAGUACUACCAGAUCGCCGGCAAGAAGGUCGGCUCUCACGUCCUGACCAUGGCUACCCUCGGAACUAUUUUCGGUGCUACCUGGCUCUCCUCUCGUGGUGGUGAGAAGAAGAAGGAGCAGGGUCCUCCCGUUGUGGCUUCGUCUAAGGAUGAGGAGCAGUUUAUCCAACAAUUCCUGAAAGAGGUCGGCGGCGAGGAGAACAAGGCCAAGCACUAAAUGCGCUUCUAUUUAUCGACAAUAACCACGAAAAGAAGACAAUACGGAGGAACUGGCGGGUUUGGAGGAUAAGGAUACCGGGCGCAGCUUCGAGGUUGUUAAUUCUGUCCGUCUGUCUGUCUGUCGCGUUACGUUGGUGAUGGAUCCGGCUGGAUUUUAGCCAUUGCGAAGGCUAACGGUCUGAAUGGGAGUUGUCAAUUCGAUGCCGCGCCGGAUUGGAUUCUUCGGAUGCGUGUGGCCUGUACAUAGGUACUUUUCUUUCUAUCAACGUUGAAGGCCUUCCAUUUCCAUUUUAGUGCUCAGGUCUUGGCACCUUUUGCUCACUGAGUAGAUCUGAGCAUGCUAGAUGGGCGCAGAACAUGUUGCAACACCUUGCUCAAAGCAAUAACAUAUUUGAGGAGGUGAUUCAACAGUUUACUGAAAAUAGUGCCGCACAGGAGGUGUGAGCUUCU